AGGGCCUGGCGGCUGCCCGGAACACCUCCCUCUCGCUCAGGCAGUCGGCCGGGCUGCCCUGGGAGGAGGGCCUGCCGCGGGGACGCUGCCGGGCGGUAGCGGAGGCGUGCGCGGCUCGGGGUGGCGGGGAUCUUGGGCUGCGCGCUCAUCGCACGUCUCCUGUUCAGUGUUACCGCCCCGGGGCAGUGUGCAGCAUGCGAGUAGUGGCUCUGAUCAGUGGUGGGAAGGACAGCUGUUAUAAUAUGAUGCAGUGUGUUGCUGCUGGGCAUCAGAUUGUUGCUCUAGCCAACUUAAGACCUGCUGAAACCACAGGGCAAACUGAUGAAUUGGACAGCUAUAUGUAUCAGACAGUAGGACACCAUGCCAUUGAUCUAUAUGCUGAUGCAAUGGAUUUGCCACUCUAUCGUUGUUUCAUAAAGGGUACCAGCAUAAAUACUGGAAGAGUAUAUUCAACGUGUCAGGACGAUGAGGUUGAAGACCUUUACCACCUCUUGAAACUUGUUAAGGACAAAGAAGCAGUGGAGGGUGUGUCUGUGGGAGCUAUUCUUUCUGACUACCAGAGAGUUCGAGUUGAAGAUGUAUGCAGAAGACUUAAUCUUCAACCUUUAGCUUACCUUUGGCGUCGGAGGGAGGAAAUAUUGCUUAAAGAAAUGAUAUCAUCUAACAUUGAAGCCAUAAUUAUAAAAGUGGCAGCUUUUGGUUUAGAUCCAGAUAAACAUCUUGGAAAAACAUUGGAUCAAAUGGAGCCUUAUCUUUUGGAGGUUUCUGAGAAAUAUGGUGUCCACAUUUGCGGAGAAGGUGGAGAAUAUGAAACAUUCACUCUGGACUGCCCUCUAUUUAAGAAGAAAAUAGUUGUAGAUUCGGCAAAAGUAAUUAUGCAUUCAGCUGAUGCAUUUGCACCUGUGGCCUACCUUCAUUUUCUGAAAAUGCACCUGGAGAAUAAGGAGAAAUCUUCAGAUACAUUUAUGGCCAAUAGCUGCUCUUGUGAAGUAAUCUGCAACAAUAGUGAUAUUUUACUUUCUUCGGAACUGGAUGAACAACAGAAUAUCAGUCCAAUCAUGUGGAAGGCUUUGAAACAUAAUUCUUUGGAUUUCAGUAAGACAUUUGGAAGUUCAGGGAAAUCUGUGACUGGUUACCAGUGGUUUUCAUGCAUCACUGCACACUUUCAUCCAUCAAAAGACAAAAAUGCUCAAGAGGCAGCAAGGGAAGCAUUUUCAUCUCUCCAAGCAACUAUAACUUCAGAGGGAUUAAAACUGAAGGAUAUUAUUUUGGUUCAUCUGUAUAUGAAGAGUAUGAAAGAUUUCAGUGCUAUAAAUUCAGUUUAUGCGACAGAAUUUGAUUUGUGUCCACCGGCAAGAGUGUGUGUGGAAACCCUGUUACCUGAUGGAGUACUGUUUUGCAUUGAUUGCCUUGCACAUAGCAGUGACAUUGCAGCAGAUGACGUAUUAAGUAAAGAAAAACUGGUCAUGCAUGUACAGAGUAUUUCCCACUGGGCACCUGCUAGCAUAGGACCUUACAGUCAAUCCAUCAAGGUCAGAGAUAUUCUCUACUGUGCUGGACAGAUUGGCCUAGUACCGUGUACUAUGCAGCUUGUUAGUGGUGGUGUGUGGAAUGAGGCCACAGUUGCUCUCAGUCAUGUUGAGAAAGUCCUCCAGGCUAUGAGCCAGAAGACUACGCUACUCCAUGUGAUCACAGCGAUCUGCUAUGUAACUGACAGCAAACACAUUCCUGUUGCUCAUUCUAUAUGGAAGAAGAAAUUAAGAGAUUGUAAAAAGGUUGAAGAUCCAGAAGCAUAUAGUGAAGUAGCUGCAGAAUGUCAGAUGCUUGCUGUGGUUGUUGUAACUAACUUACCUAGAGAUGCUGCCAUUGAAUGGCAUGUUACUGCAGUAGUUGAUGACCCACUCCACAGAAAACAUUUUGCAAAGAAGAUGUUAUCAGAGGGCUUCCAAAUUGAUUGCGAGUUUGUGAAGUCCAAUUCUGCAUCUUGUGCAUCAGUCUCUGUACGUCUGAGCUUGAUUUUACCUCCUGCUUCUCAGCUUGAUUUAGAUGGACCUCUUCAUGACUUAGUUUCUAUGUUUGGACAAGCUGUUGAGAAACUUUCAGAAGAUUGCAGUGCAAGUCCUUUGUCAUUUAGAGCUUUCUUCAAGAAGGAUGUCUUUGAUAUUGGAAUGUUACAAUCAGGGCUACAAGAAAACCUUGAAAAGUGCUUGGGCAAGAAGACCCCAGCUCUGAUUUUAGUGCCUGUAGUGGAUUUACCUGGCAAAGAAGUUAUUCAUAUAACAUGCUGGCUAAGCUAACAUCUUAAAAGAAAUGAGCUGAUAUCAAAACACACAUUCAUCCAAGAAAGAACAAAGAAUUGAUCACGACUGUGUUAGAUACUUUCAUUAAGCUACGUUGUUUGAUUUAAGCGAAGUCAUAUUUAGCUUGUUAAUGAUGCCUCAUGAUAUGUGACAGAGUCAGCUUUGUAUGAACAA